UAGGAAAACAAAACGAAAAAAACCCUAAUAUUGGCUCGCCGCCUUUGAUGUUUCCAGUAAAAGGAGCAUAACUACGCGAUCACAAAUUGUUUUUGAAUUUGCGUUGUGAGUUUUGCAAAAUUUUGAAGUUCCAGAAUCAGAAGGAUGGCAGAUGGCUAGUGUCUUGGAGUUUUUAUUCGUCAAGGAUUAGUAUUUCUGGAUACGGUAUUGAAUUUGGAGGGGUUAUCAAGGAUUUUAAUUUGAAAAUUUUUAGUGGGUGUUGUUAGCUGGACAGAUUGUGGUUUUCAUUAUUGCAAAUGGCAGAUGAUGGCAUGAGGGUAGGUGGGCUUUUAUCUGGCUUGGCCGUAAUAUUGAAUGGUGAGGAUGGGAAGGAGAGUUCGUCGAAAACCCAUCUGGUUUCAUAUUGUGAUGAUUUUGGUGAUCAGCCUGUGGAGCGAGCUCUUGAGCACAUUUUUGAUCUCCCUAACAAAUCAGUUGGUCCAUUGCCUGGUCCAGUUGACAGUGAUUUAGUACGCUCUAUUAUCAAGAAUGAGUUCUCAAAAUUUCAUAUGAAUUCUGACUCAUUGGCUAGCAAUAGGGAAGGAAUUUUUAUUUUUGACAAUGGCUGUCAGCCUCACAAAGUUGGGCUUGAAGAAUUAAGCAUUUGUGGUGAGAUUAGAAUUGUGAAGCCUCCUUUGCUUCUAGAGAGCUUAGCAAUGUUCAGUAGCAUCAGGGCUAAUGUUUGUGUGUGGAAAGGAAAAUGGAUGUAUGAAGUUAUAUUAGAAACUUCUGGUGUACAACAGCUUGGAUGGGCAACCCUAUCUUGCCCUUUCACUGACCAUAAGGGUGUAGGUGAUGCAGAUGAUUCUUAUGCAUUUGAUGGGAAAAGGGUUAGAAAGUGGAAUAAGGAGGCUGAGCCUUAUGGCCAGUCAUGGGUUGCUGGUGAUGUCAUUGGCUGUUGCAUUGAUCUGGACCAUGAUGAGAUAUUGUUUUACAGAAAUGGUGUAUCUCUUGGGGUGGCCUUUCGUGGUAUUCACAAGAAGGGACCUGGAUUUGGAUAUUACCCUGCAGUCUCUAUUUCUCAAGGUGAACGCUGUGAAUUAAAUUUUGGGGCUCGACCCUUCAAAUACCCCAUUCAGGGCUUCCUUCCACUUCAAGAACCUCCCUCAGUAAACCUGUUGGCUACUCAGUUGCUUCGAUGCUUAUCCAAGUUGUUUAAUCUGCAGUGUAUUGAGCGCGCCGAUAGUUCUUCAGUUGGGAAAUUAAGAAGAUUAAAGAGGUUUGUGUCACUUGAGGAACUAUUUUACCCUGUUUGUCACAGUAUAUGUGAGGAAUUGUUCUGUAUACUUGAGACAGAUGCAAGGAACGCAGAGUAUGUAGCUUGGGGUCCACUUCUUUCAUUCAUGAUGAAGGUCUUCAGAUUGCAGCCAGCACAUGACUAUUCUAGUUUGGACAGAUUUAUAGAUGUGUUUCUGGAGUUUCGGGAAUCCUGUCUAAUAUUUGAGUAUAUCAUCAGUGCCCUUUCAAGUUGCUGCAAAACAGCAUCAUUGGUUUUAAAUGAAUGCCCUUACUCAGGAUCUUAUUCUUAUCUUGCAUUGGUAUGCCAUAUUUUAAGAAGGGAAGAGUUAAUGGUGCUUUGGUGGAAGUCACCGGAUUUUGAAUUCUUGUUUGAAGGUUUUCUAUCGCAAAAGAGUCCAAGCAAGCUGGACCUUCAUAGCUUGAUGCCUUCAGUUUGGUGGCCUGGUUCAUGUGAUGAUAUUUCCUAUGGAUCUAGCCUGUUGUUGACAACUACAGCUUUAUCUGAAGCAGUCAGCAAGAUUGAGGAGAAGCAUAGGGACCUUUGUCUUUUGGUCAUACAGUUUAUACCACCCACAACUCCUUCCCAGUUACCUGGUUCAGUGUUUAGGACAUUUUUGCAGAGUCUUUUGUUGAAGAAUAGGGGUGCAGAUCGCAAUGUGCCACCUCCUGGAGUUUCAAGCAACUCUGUUCUUGUUUCUUUGUAUACAGUCAUACUUCAUUUUCUAUCCGAAGGAUUUGCUAUGAGGGACAUUGGUGGUUGGUUGAAGAGCUGUGAAACAAAAAAUCACAAUGUUGGAUUUCUUCAUAGAGGUGGUGAACAUAGUUUCCCUGUAGAUUUAUUUCUGAAAAAUGAUUCUUAUCAAACUGAUAUUUCAAGGCUUGGGGGAUCAUUUAGUCAUCUAUCAAAAUCUCAUCCAGUACAUGAUCAGGAAGUGGAAGUAGUUCGGUGGGAAGAAGGCUGUACAGAUGAUGAAGAAACCAGAGUAACACACAAAACCACACAGAAACCAUGUUGUUGUUCAAGUUAUGAUGUUGAAUUGUCAAAAAUGUCAAAGCAUCCAAUUAGAUAUACAGCAAAAGCUUCUCGUGUCCAUUGUACCCCUAUUCCAGAGAGGUCUGCUCAUGUUGCUGCAGAAUGCAGUGCAGGAAGUUUGAAUGAUGAGAUUGCAGACAAGCCUAGCACCAGUGAUCAUUCUGAAUCAGAGUUUGGUUAUUGCCCAAUGUGGGAUAUGAGGAUUGUGCCAAGGGAGAGUGACAUCACUUCAGCUACACUGAGAGAAGAAGAACUUCUAGAUACUUUGCUGCUGUUGUAUCACAUAGGUGUUGCACCAAACUUUAAACAGGCAUCAUACUACAUGUCUCAUCAGUCACAGUCAAUAUCACUUCUCGAAGAAACUGAUAAGCAAAUAAGAGAAAGAGGUUGUAGUGAACAAAUACGGCGUUUGAAGGAAGUUCGUAAUGAUUAUCGAGAAGAAGUCAUCGAUUGUGUCAGACAUUGUGCAUGGUAUCGCAUCUCCCUUUUCUCUCGUUGGAAGCAGAGAGGAAUGUAUGCAACAUGCAUGUGGAUAGUCCAAUUGCUUCUGGUUCUUAGCAAAGUGGAUUCUUUAUUCAUUUAUAUCCCUGAAUUCUAUCUUGAAACCCUGGUUGACUGUUUUCAUGUGUUGCGCAAGAGUGAUCCUCCAUUUGUUCCUCCUACAAUAUUUAUUAAGCAAGGACUCGCCUCAUUUGUUACUUUCAUAGUUACCCAUUUCAAUGAUCCAAGGAUAUUGAGCGCAGAUCUAAAGGAUCUUCUUCUCCAAUCUAUAUCAGUGUUGGUACAAUAUAAGGAAAUAUUUGGCAGUUUUUGAUAAUGGAGGAAUAA